AUGGAAAAUGGACGUGAGGCAUCUAGAGAGCUACCAUCUCUAGAAACAGGACCCCAGCAACAAUACUUCAAGUCGCCUCGGAAAGUCACUCCGCCAGAGCGCAACACCCUUCCUUCACCUCCCGCGACGAUCGAGGUUGAACGCAUUCGAAACCCUCCGAAUCUACCACAGCGUCUUCUUGAUUUUAAGCGCAAAGCUGAGACUUGCGACGUCGCGCCUCUGACUUACAUUCCCUUAAGCCCGGCAGAGUACGCCAAUGCCUGCGAGCAGAUUGAUUCUGCAUUUAAACGAUUCGACUACGAUCCCAAACGAGGUCUUAUUAUCUUGCGCAUGACUUCUCCAACCCACGAUACAUUCGUUUACUCUCUAAGUAGAUCUAUAGAUCAGGAAAUUCAGAGAGUUGGACGUGAUAACAGUCAAGUUCGUAGAUUUACUUCCCAGAUUGAAGGCGGCGGCUCUUCCCGUAUUUAUCUUGGCGACAAGGAGAAGCAAGACAAGAUACCGAAUUGUCUGCGUCGCCAACCAGAUGGUCAAUUUAGGCUCGAGGGAGCUGAGUUUCCUGGCGUAGUUAUUGAAGUGUCAUACUCGCAGGACGGAAAGCAACUGUCCAAGCUCGCCAAGCAGUAUAUUAACUACUCGGAGGGAAACAUCAAAGUUGUCAUCUGCGUUGACAUCAACUAUGGGAAUACUCAGUCCACUCUCUCACUGUGGAAAUCCCAACUCAACUCGGACCCGGAAAGUAAUGACCCUGACGACUGCAUAUUGGAUUACGAGCAAGCCAUUGAAGCACGGCCUUUCCGGACAGCCGAUGGAAAGCCGUUAAAUCCUGAGAGCACGUUGACUCUAUAUCUUCACGACUUCGCUCCAGAUCAAUCGUGUCAAGACAUUCCAAAUAUCCCCAUAUCCAUCUCUUUUGCCAAGAUCUGCGAGUUCUUGGAUCGUGCUGAGAAGGGGCAGAAGGACAGAGAGUCCAAAGAUGCUAGAGGUAUCCGGUCAACUCGCAAGGUGAGAAAACGCAAAGUGUCAUCCAGCUCGCUUGAAGAGUUGGCCUUGGAUGAUGAGGAGAGGUUUAAAAAGCAGGAAAAUGCGGUUGAUACCAGGGCUAAUCAUCAUGAUGAUGACUUUGAACCGCGGUUAGGUGAUGUCAAUGUCACUUAUCGCGAUCAUGACUUGAGACCGCGAGCGACGAAGCGGCGUGCCUAG